AUAAAUUACUAUCAUGCCACCUGUUCCACCACACAACUUUUCCUGGAUUGCACCAAAUAAGCUGGCUGGAAUGGCUUUGCCCAAGUUACCUGCUCACUAUCAGUAUCUACAUGACAAUGGGAUUCGACAUCUUGUCACUCUAUGUGAAAGAAAGCCGCCAUACCAUGAUACUUGUCCAGAAGUGAGAAUUCACCAUAUAAGUAUGCCUGACUUCACGCCACCUUCUUUGGAACAAAUCAAGAGAUUUCUUUCUAUAGUUAAAGAUGCCAAUGCAAAGGGAGAAGCAGUUGGAGUUCACUGCCUCCAUGGUCAUGGAAGAACUGGAACAAUGUUGGCCUGCUAUCUUGUACAAAGUAAGAAGAUAACAGGAGUUGAUGCAAUUGAAGAGAUCCGAAAAAUUCGUCAUGGUUCUAUAGAAACAAGUGAACAAGAAAAAGCAGUCAUCCAGUUUCAUCAUCACAUAAAGUGAGAUCUAUGGAGGAGCCAGUUAACUCUGACACGUACACCAUUAGCUAGGAUUCCGAUUCUUCAUCUAUAUGCAUGGAAAUAAUUAUUUAAAAGAAAACCACACACUUUUUGCUUUUCUAAGACAUGAUUUUUCUUCUUAAUGUAUUUUCAGAGGAUAAUUAUAAUCAGAUCUGUUUUAAUAUAAAUUAAAUCUAUAAAAAUAUCAACAGAUGAGUAUACUGGGCAUUGUAAUAGCAUAACCAUGUCUUUGUGUUGUAUUUAAUUCUUAAUUUUUUAAAUAAUUCAAAGAUUUUUGGAAUAUUUUUGGUGUAGUCAGCAGGAUAAUGGCGAGGAAUGGUAGAACAUUGGUUCAUUGGUGUAUGCUUGUGAUCCUCAUGGUGCCAUCAAUUGGAAUUAAGAUGCUUCCAUGUGUACAGAAACCUGAAACCAUGUUAGCCCGUGCUUUUCGUGCAUAUAUACAGUCAGAUCAAGAACAAUGUUGGCAAAACUGGAAGCAUGACAUGGGGUCAACUUCCAUAUGCAUGUGGAUGACACCCAAAUCUAUUUCUCCAGCUAUCACCCCAGAUUCUACUGACCAGUGUUCUGUCCUCUUGCCUAUCAGACAUCAAGGCCUGAAUGAGCACCAACUUUCUGCAGCUGAAUCUUGGCAAGACUUGGCUCUUUAACCUUCUCGAUCUAUCCCUCAGACUUACAAACCUGUGCGCAACCUAGGCAUUAGAUUCCAUCCCCAACUGUCCUGGUAGCUGAGCAGGACUGCUUUCCUCCACCUAUCUCACACCCAACACAGCUGAAACCCUUAUCCAUGCAUUGGUCACCUCUGGAUCGAUUAUUUCAAUGCCCUCCUUGCUGAUCUCCCCAACUCCACCAUUCAUAAAAUCCAAUUAAUUAAAACUCUGUCGCCCGUAUCUUCAUCCAUACUAAAUUCUGUACUCCCAUUACCCAGUCCUUGCUUAGACUCCAAUGGCUCCCUAUUCCAGAACAGAUCAAUUUCAAGAUAUGCACACUUGUGUACCAAUCACUUUAUGCCCUGGUACCUUCCUACCUCUCUGACCUGCUUACAAUCCACUCCAUUACCCGCCCCUGUGUUCAGUUGGCUCCUGCAUGUCUCUCGUCCCCUCUUCUCCACCAUCGGUGGCUGUCCUUUCACCCGCUAUGCCCAAAACUAUGAAAUUUUGCCUCAAUCCCUUUGCCUUGCCCCCUCUUUGACCAUCUUCAGAUCACAUCUGAAGACAUUACUCUUUGAUUGUGCCUAUGGUUACCCCUUCCCGGCUAGGCAUCAAGCUCCUCCACUGUUAAGCACUCCGCGACACUACCCCAUGUGAAGGGCACUGUAUAAAUAAAUAAUAAUAAUAAUAAUAAUCCUUGCAUUUUGCAAGUUGUUGUAGAAAUGUUGGGGUUUUAAAACAGACCAUUUGACGCACUGAAGCUCUAAAUUUAAUUUGAACAUUUAAUUUUUUAAUAGUUUUCGCUAAUUCUUAUUUAUUGACUUACUUUGAGCUAGCAAUACUUAGAUUGGUUGUACCAAGGUGUUAAUUUUUAAAAAAANUCAUAAUUAAUAUUGAUUGCUGAAAAAGCUGUUGUAAUAACGAAUGCAAUUAUUUUGUAUAAACUUGAUUGAUUGUCUCCUUCGCACAUACUUUUCCUUAACUGUAUUUGGUACAUUAUAUGUAAAUGAAGUCAAAAGUAUCUGACAUGAGGAGUUAUUUAAUUGCUCACAUUUCCCAUAUUAAGUGGCAUUUGUUUAUGGUUGGCCGCUAUAUUGUUUGCGCUUUGCCACCAGCCAUUAACUUCAAUCUAAUUUGAACAUAUCUUUUUACAUAUUUUGACGUUUAGCAUUUUACAUGAUGCAUAUAUUUUUAAUUUUGUUUUAAUUUAGUAAUUUAAUUUUAAGGAGUAAACACAGUUUCAGCAAUUGGGCUUCAAGAAUUUAAUUACCAGGUCCUUUUUACAUCUGUUAAAUAUUAAAAUUUGACUUGGCAGCAA